AUGGAUCGAUGUCGGUAUUUAUACGUUGAUCAUUUGAAAGGAGCGAGACUUCUAGAAGAAGCGUGUAACAAGAAAGCAAUCCAGUCUCUUCGAAAUUCAAACGAUAUUGUUGAUGGAAAACAUGAUAACGAUUUAUUUCCACAUAUAUUCUUUUCGCCUGGUUAUGCAAUUCGUCGAAGGCAAAAGACUACUAAAAUGACAAAUGACCAACGAGAUUUUUUUAAGAAACUAUUCUAUCGUGGUCACGAUACAGGUAAAAAAGUUUCGAUUGAAAAGGCAUAUGAAGAAAUGCGUAGUGCAUUGAAACCGGAUCAUACUAAACUCUUUUCCAUUGAUCAAUGCUUAACAAAAAAUCAAAUACGAAGCCUCUUUAGUAGAUUAACAAAAGGAGAAACAACAGAACGACGAAACAAAGUAAUGAACCGUCCAGAUGACAAUUCAUGCACUACUGAUGACGAAGACGCUGCUGAAGAGUAUUUUAAAAUCCAACAACAACAAGAAUGGGAAGAUAUCAAAUGUGACGAAAUCGAAAAUGCCAUAAAUUGUUGCAGUGAAGAUGAACUUGACAUGGGUGAAAUGACAAACUCUAAAUAUUAA